GAUUUUUAGGAAUGGGAAGGUCGCCUGGCCCAUUGUCUGCCAGCCAUUCACUCCGCCUGAUUAUGCAGGAGGGUUAGGGAAAGGCUCCAUGUGACCCUCUUGGAUGGGACUCCGCAGCUGCUCGAGGAGCCAAACUCUCUCACCAAACUCUGCGCCCCAGAGCAUUCCCCCUGCCAAGGGGUACCCCUCCUGCUCCCGUUGAAAAGCCGGCGCCCACACACCGCCGCGUCACUCUGCGGGCGGAGAUACGCCUGUGCUCAUCCUCCCCGCCGCCGCCGCUGUCACUCCGACCCCCUUAAGUACUUGGGGUUCCCGAGCGCUCCCACCCAGAGGCAGCGAUGCAAACCAGCAGGGCUCCGGCCAUCAGCGUCAGCGCCGAGAGCUGCAUCCCGGCCGGGCUGCGGCUGGGUCCCGUGCCGGGCAUCUUCAAACUGGGCAAGUACCUGUCAGACCGCAGAGAGCCAGGACCCAAAAAAAAGGUGCGGAUGGUGAGAGGAGAAUUAGUGGAUGAAGCCGGGAGCUCAGCUCUGGAGUGGAUAGGGUUAAUCCGGGCUGCCCGAAACUCCCAAGAGCAGACACUGGAGGCUGUUGCGGAUCUGCCAGGAGGACAGAAGUUUCCUUUCUUCCCCUCCCAGAUUUUCUACCGGGCGCUACGAGAUGUCCAGCCGGGAGAGGAGCUCACCGUCUGGUACUCCAACCCCCUGGCGCAGUGGUUUGACAUCCCCGUCACGGCCACCCCGACGCACGACGAGAAAGGGGAGGAGCGGUACAUCUGCUGGUACUGCUGGAGGACCUUCAAGUACCCCAACAGCCUCAAGGCCCACGUCCACUUCCACUGCGCGCUGAGCCACGGGCGGCCCUUCCUGCCCCACGAUCACGGCCGCCCCGCCGCCGCCUUCGCGCUGCCGGCCAAGGAGCCGCCGGCGCCGCGCGGCCACCCCGGCCCCGGCCCGCGGGACGCCGUCAAACGCGAGGCCGCCACCGCCUCGCCGCCGCUCGCUAAAGCGGGGCCGCCCCGGCGCUCGGCGGGCAAGGAGGAGCAGGAGCGCGCCCUGGACAUGAGCGUGGGGGCGGCCCGCGGGCCGGCGGCGCUGCUGGGGCCGGCGGGGGGCGGCGCGCUCUGCCCCGGGGCGCGCUCGGCGUUCCGCCCCGCGGGGCCGCUGCGGGACGAGGCGCGGGGCGCGCUCGGCUUCUCCAAGCUGCUGGGGGGGCUGAAGGCGGGACGCGCCGCCGCCGAGGCACCGCCCAAAUGCGGGGCGCUGCCCGGCGAGGCCGUGCCCCCGGCGGCGGGGCUGGCGUGCGGCGCGGGGCUGCGAGCCUUCCCGCUGCUCUCGCCCCUGGAGGAGACGUCGGCUUUCCGGCAGGUGGAGCGGGCUCUGCCCGCCGCUUCGCUGCCGCCCGCCCGCUACCCGCCGCUGCCCGGCGCGCUGGAACGCUUCGCGCUGCCGCCCUUCGAAGGGCUGAAGGCGUACGCCGGGGAGUGCGGGCUGCCCGUCAUGCCGCUCACCGUCUACAACGGGGAGCUGCUGUACGGCGCCGCGCCCUACUACCCGCUGAAGCUGCACCUCGGCGGGCUCCUCAAGUACCCCGAGUCCGUGUCGUACUUCGGGGGGCCGGCGGCGGGGCUGCACGCCGCCGAGCUGGGCUCGCUGGCCGGCAUCGACCGGGAGAUCGCCAUGCACACGCAGCAGCUGUCGGAGCUGGCGGCCGAGAAGGGGCGCGGGCGGCUGGAGGCGCUGCCGGCGGCGGGGGCGGCGGGGGGCAAGCCCAAGACCGGGCACCUGUGCCUGUACUGCGGGAAGCUGUACUCCCGCAAGUACGGGCUGAAGAUCCACAUGCGGACUCACACCGGCUACAAGCCGCUCAAGUGCAAGGUGUGCCUGCGGCCCUUCGGGGACCCCAGCAACCUCAACAAGCACAUCCGCCUGCACGCCGAGGGCAACACGCCGUACCGCUGCGAGUACUGCGGGAAGGUGCUGGUGCGGCGCCGCGACCUGGAGCGGCACGUCAAGUCCCGGCACCCGGGGCAGAGCCUCGGCAAGGCGGCCGAGGACAAGAGUGACUCUGUCUACGCUCACCCGGACCAGGAGCAAAAGACUGACAACGAGAGCGACGUGGACGUCUGCUUCACCGACGACCAGAGCGACGCGGAGAGCGGCAGCCGGACCCGCGAGCAGUGAUGCUGGGGGCGGCGCCGCGGCCCCCAUCCCGCGGCUCACCCCGAGGUCCCGCGGCACGGCGGGGGCUGUCAGGGUCCCCGGGGGCUGCGGGGCAGCCGGGAGGGAGCGCUCUUUGCGGACGUCCACGCCGCAGCCCCG